AUGGACUCAGUCCUAUCAAAUUCUCAGGGAGCUCGCUCCCAAUCUCAGAUCCCAUCGGAUCAAAUCACUUCGGAUGUCAGCAGUGCCAAAACUGCAGACACAUCGAAAAACCCGAUCACCUCGCCAACUGGCAGCAGCCAAACUGCUAGUAGAUCGAGCGUCCUGAUCGAUCCGGUUAUCACCUCCGCGGCAGCGAACUCGAAUGUUCCAGCCCGCGUGAAACCAUCGGUGAUCAACCUCGUCACUCCUGUGACAGCCGAGAACUCGAUUCUACCGAAUCAGAUCUCGCACGCAAUUGAGAGACCUCAUUUGCGGAUUCGGGUCAAAUCUAAAGAUUUCCCGAUUACCUCGACACCGAUCAGUCGGAAAACUCCGACUCAAACUGUGUCAACGUCGUUUGCCUUGGCUCGACCGAAUCCGGACGACCAAGCCCGAAUCAAGCGAAUGCUCACCGACCUGAUUAAAAGUCAAUACGACCAAAAAAUCAGCUCGUCGAAACGGGAUGAGGCACCACCGCGUGCUCCUGUCAUCCAGACUCUCAUCCCACCGAUGACCUCGUUAAAGAGCUCGUCGAAACGGGAUGAGGCACCACCGCGUGCUCUUGUCAUCCAGACUCUCAUCCCACCGAUGACCUCGUUAAACAGCUCGUCGAAACGGGAUGAGGCGCCACUGCGCGCUCAUGUCUUACAGACUCUCGUCCCACCGAUGAGCUCGCCAAUGAGCAGCUUGAACAUUCCAAAUUCAAGCAAAUCGGAGAUAGGAUCUCAGCCAACAGAGCGACUUCCAUCUCCACCUCCAAAGCUAUCAGGUGUCGAACCAACUAUAUUUAGAUGGCCCGAAACUACGGCUUCCAACUCAAGCUUGCAGGCGAUGACUCAACUCAAAAAUCAGUCUACUGAAAUUUUGAGCUCGCAGCCUCCCGCAACAGCUCGAACUGUUGUGAACGGAAACUAUCAACAGUUUCCCGCAACAAAUGAUCUAGUCGAUCGAGCUCAAUUUCAUAGAGCAAACGAUCCGACAGAUCUAGCUCGAUUGACAAAAGCAAACAACUCGUCAAAUCGAGCUCUAUCCCAUCCGAUUCCAGCUAAUCGGAUUCCUGUCGAUCCGCGAAACCUUUUGGACUGCGAAUCUUUCGAAAGAUUCCAGGACCAAACAAACCUCGCAUUCUGGCAAGCGAACUCAACGUUUAACCAAGCAAUGAGUUCGAUUCCGGAUAUCGACAAACUAUGUAUCCCAGAAUACUCUGGUAACAUCGAUCCACGAGCUUAUAUCCGAGCUCUUUAUCUCGAAAUUCUUCGAGCUCAAUUUUCUCCUGAAGAGAUAGAAGCAGCUUCCUGCCAACUCUUUGCUGAAAACCUAGCCGGACCAGCUAAAAAUUGGUUCGCAACGCUGGAUGAAAAUUCAAUCGAUACUUUCGACCAGCUCCUUUCGGUAUUCAUAAACCAAUAUUCGAUCUUCAUCGAACCAGAAGUUUCUGAAGCCGAUCUCUGGACGCUUUCUCAAGCUCCAAACGAAUCACUUCGAUCUUACGUCAACAGAUUCAAAGCAAUCAUCGCUAAGAUCGAAAACCCUAACGAGGCAGUAGCUCUACUAGCCUUCCGAAACAACCUGUGGUACAAAUCGAAAUUCAGAGAAGAACUAAUCGUUCGACCUCCUGUAUCACUCGAUGAUGCACUUCGCUGCGCGUUAACCUUUGCUACUCUCGAAGAGGAGAUUACUCUCCUCCUAGAAAAAUAUCGCAAAGGAGAACUACCACAACAUUCUAUCUCCAUUGCGAGCUCAGUUCUGAAAUCGAACUCGAGCUCUGAAGUCGAGAAAUUCUGCAAAAUACACAAAAAGCACGACCAUUCCACCGAAGAAUGUCGAUCUUAUGUUAAAAAGCAGAAAAGAAAGGCCAGGUUAGCUAAACGCAACAAGACCUCAUCCAACGAUAACGACAAAGCAUCCCAAAAACGGGAACGCAAGUCGGAAUCAACCACCAAGAGUCACCUCUUUCUAAAAAGAAACGAUCUGACUCGACCCAACACCUAG